UUUUUUUUUAGGUGAACAACUAACCGAGGUAAGAAGUUAAUUCAUGCUUCGGAUACUUUUGCCCCAUUCCUCAAGGAGAAGCGCACCGGUGCUUCUGGUAAGGCGCUUUAGGAGUGGAAAUGGUGAUGCCGACGAGAAAAGAGAAGCUGAUUCAGCAGCAACUGAGUCGCUUAAUUAUAAAAAGUCGAUAAAAGCUGAGAACUCCGUCUCUGCGCAAGACGUUUUGCGCGCUGUUAAAGGGGGGGACUUCGCGAAGAUGCAGCUACAAGCGACAAAGUUGGUCCAGGAAAGUUGGAAUGACAAGUACAGUGUCUCACUGGCAUGCAUCAUUGUCCUUGCCACUAUGUGGUAUUGGAUUGCUUGGACUCGCCGCUCCAUCCGGCGAAAGUGUGCCGCUAUUGAGGCGGCCGUUCAGCAAGACUCCGAGACAACGCUGGAACUUGUGAGGAACCUGACAACGAAGUGGGAACGUGAUCUAAAAAGGACAAACGAACGGAUGGAAGAUAUUAUCGAUAAAAACAGUGAUUUGACGGAGACUAUUGAUCAUAUGACCACUGCAUUGCGUUCCUGCAUUAGUCGGCCACUUCCUAGUUUGGCAGGUAACUCUAUUAAGGGUAAGGAGACAACUUCCACAGAAGUAUGAGCCCGAAAAGGCCCAAUUGAGAGAGGGGGGGGGGGGGGGAGGGAGGUGUAGGAUAUUUCUAGAGGGCCAAAGUGGUACUAGAUGCACCAAGAACUAGUGUUUCGUUUGGAGCGUACUUUUUAUUCGAUUCCUUGAAACCAAUGAAGAGACGUAUUUCACAGUGUCAUGAGCUUCUCGACAUCUCGCUCUUCUUUAAUAUCAUUUGAUUCGCAAUGAUAGACUUAGUAUAUUACCGCAUCUCCUUAUCAAUUUUAUCUCUGGUGUUUGCCAAUGAGCAUUUAAUGGUUGCAAAUAACGAUUGAUUAAAGUAGGCUGAACGCAGUUUUUAUUAUUAUUAUUUUUGGAGAGGAGAACGCUAACAAAUGUGAAUACAGGCGCAUGCUUUCGAAUGAAGGUUGCUUUCAAAAAUAUUUUUAAGAUCCUUUAAUCAGCUAUAUCCUUGUGUUAAUGCGCCACGUGUGUCCCGCAGGGUAUCGCU